AGCUCCGGUGCAUCGGUCCCCACCGACGAAGAAGAGGCGGGCGGACAGAGAAGCGCAGCAGCAGCCGUUGUUCGCAGGUAACGCCAUGGCGGCCGUGCGCAGCUUACGGGUGUCGGUGAAAUCAGACAGCGGCUCGGACCGCUCGGAAUCCGACUCCGACUCCGAGUCGGACAGAGAUGCCCGCGAAGCCGAACCGAUGGAGGUGGAGGAGGGAGAGCUGGAGGCCGAGGACAUCUCCGUUAACCGUUCCCUGAAGGAGCUGCUGCCGGACACCAGUCGGAGGUAUGAGAACAAAGCCGGAGCGUUCAUCACUGGGAUCGAUGUCAACUCAAAGGAGGCGAUUGAGAGGAAAGAGAAGCGAGCGAGACGUUUCCAUUUCCAUGGGGAGGAGAGCGUCGGACAGAGGAACGUUUUUCUGGAUAAAGACACCAUGAAGAAAGCCAUCCCCAGACUGCGCCUGGAGGCCAUCCAUGUGACAGGCGUGGACGACAUGAGCACACAGGACGUCUUCGGAUAUUUUAAGGAAUAUCCUCCGGCACACAUCGAGUGGAUCGAUGACACAUCCUGUAACGUGGUUUGGCUGGAUGACGACACGUCCAUCCGAGCCCUCAUCAACACCAGCCGGAUGCCGGACCCGGAGGCUGUUACCACGGAGACGGAAAGCGCCAAUCAGCCGGGUGAGCAGGGCAAAGGUCUGCGGGGUCAGGGGUCAGAUGAUGAGGAUGAUGAAGAGGAAGAGGGCCAGGUGGAGGAGGAUGAGGAGGAAACGGUGAAGAAGAGCAUUGAGGAGAUCGAGGGGAAAGACAGCGACGGAGAGGUGGAGCAGAAGACGAAGGCGAAGGAGGGUCAGAUCGACGACCUGUCCCGGGCGGAGAGAGAGUCUCUGAUGAGAAACGACCUGCGGCCGGCGAUCAAACCCUUCAAAGGAAACAAACUCUUCCUUCGCUUCGCCACACAAGAUGACAGGAAGGAGCCGGGCGCCGCUCGUCGCAGCAGGUACUACAUGAAGUACGGAAACCCGAACUACGGAGGCAUGAAGGGAAUCCUCAGCAACUCCUGGAAGAGGAGGUAUCACAACCGGCGGAUCCAGCGAGACGUCAUCAAGAGCAAGAAGCCUCUGAUCGGAGACAGCAUGGGACACACGCCGCCGUACACGCACCGACACUCCGCUGACCUGGUCAACCUGCCAGAGGAGCCCAUCAAGGAGGAGGAGGAAGAGGAGGAGGACGAGGAGGAGGAGGAGGAGGGGGACGAGGACAUGGACUCGGACGACAGGGUGGUGGAGUACAGGGAGCGAGGCGAAAGGGGCGGCGGCUCGCGCGCGCUGGGGGCGGGGCUCCGUAGCCGGGCGGAGCACUCUCCGUCUCCCUGGUCGGAGUCGGAUGAGAUGGACUACGACCUGGAGCUGAAGAUGAUCUCCACGCCGUCUCCCAAGAAGAGCAAGAAGAUGACGAUGUACGCCGACGAGCUGGAGACUCACCUGAAGAGCAUCCGGAACCGGAUCGGGGGGUCGGGAUCGCAGAGCAGGACCAAAUCCUCGUCACCCACCAAAGUGACGGACGUCCGGCAGCUGCUGGAGGAAAAAAGACAAGGACUGUCUCAGCACAGACAGCCCCCCCCGGUGGCCAGCAGCGGAAAAACAGAUGUACGGCAGAGGCUGGGGAAGAGACGUUAUUCCCCAGACAGACAACGCUCCCCCUCCCCCGUCUCCCCCAGAGAGACUCCCCCGGCCAGAGAACCAACCAGAGACGUCCAUCGCAGACUGGGUGUGGCUAAUCAGGACAAAAGAGGCCUCUACUCCAACUCGUCCAAAGACAGAAAGACAAGCGGCCUGUGGAGCAGACUCGGCUCUGCUGACGACGACGGCAGCGCCGGACGUCACGACCGCAGACCGAGCAGUCGCUCCUCGGGCCUGUUCUCCCCCUCCUCGUCGGGCCGGAGCGAUGGCGGCGACGGGGGCAGCAGGAGGAGACGAGGCAACGGAGAGGAGGAGGAGAAGGAGGAAGAGGAGGAGGAGGAGGAAGACGACUCGACCCUCCAGAGGAUGUGGGGCGCCAUGAUCAAACAGAAACAGGAGCGUCUGUCCCACAAGAUGAAGAAGAGCCGUUUGGACAACCUGCCGUCGCUGCAGAUCGAGAUCAGCCGCGACAGCAGCGACGACUCCGACGCCUGAGACGGAGUCAACGGGGGAGUAGCAGGGAAGCGCAUCACAUCAUUUCUCCAAGUACAAUCCGUUUAAAGACAUGACGCCGUCAGAGCAGACUGCAGAUCUGGGGCCAGUGUGGUGCGUUGUCUUUUAUUUUUUAGAUGGGACCCGCUCACAUCGUGCAUCUGCAGUCAGCAGAUGGAUGACUGAGGGGGGGCCCCUGGGCCAGGGAUCCGUUUGAAGUGUCUGUUAACACUUCACGUUGUCAGUUACACGUUGACUCUGGCAGAUAGAAAAGAAUGAGACUUCAACUCUUCUGUGUUUUUUCACUUCAGCCUGCUGCUGUUGCAGCAUUUCACUGCAAAUGGGGGUGAAAAUUAGUGAAUGUGAAAAAUGGCUAGAUGGAUGAGAGUCACUGAACUCUGUCGUUAACGGAUCCGCUCUCUCUCCUCUUCUUUAUCAAAGCCGAGAGUGGAAACCUUCAGCGGCGGCUUCUCAGCCUCAGGUCACAUCGGCUUCGCCGGUUAAUGUCGGUUCUGUCGGUAACUCGACGCCAGAACAAAAUGAAACGCGUCGUCAUCUGAACUCGGCCGAAGAUCGUCUGGGAGUGAAGAGGCUCCGCUCCGUAACACCGCUGUACAAUCGGAGCGUGUCCGUAGUUCCGACGGCUCCUCUCCAGAGGAUCCCUUCAUUUUAAAUCCUUCUCCAGAAAAACUUCUCUCAAUCUCAGAUCGAUGAUUCAAACCCAUCGACUCUCUAGUUUUGAAUCAGGAGCUUCAGUGUUUGGAUCAAACGGCUCGGGUCAGAUUUCGUUUCUGCAGCUGUUAUUUCAAUGUGUCAGAUACAGGUUUAAUCAACAUGUAGGGAAACAGACUCUGGAUCAGCAGGUUAUAUUAAAGCACUCAGAUCAGGAUCCGGAUCCGGAUCGGUGCCGAAAAACCCCUGACUGGGACAUGUUGUUAUCAAAGCAUAACUUUGGAAUUGGAUUUCUGAUAAAGUCAUCUAAACACUAAAGCACCUGAAAGAGAAGCAGAACCAUUGUCCUGUGUGGGAGGGAUCUGGGGCCUUUCACACGUCCAUGCCCAGGGGCCCACCGUCUCCCGAACCCCCCAAGCUCCUGUUGAUACAUGAAAUAGCUGCGCUGAUAUUUAACAGCCAGAAAAACUCCCACGCGUGCAUCAUUUCUCUGUUGUUUUGUUGUCCGGAUGUGAACGAGCUUCGUCCUCUCACCGGGCCAGGUUUUCAAAAGGCUGCUCUGUUACAUCAGUAAAUCAUUCCUACGUGACUGUGGAGAUGUUGAACACUGUCACCUCUUCUCCUCCUCUAACAUCGUGAGCCACCAGCUCUGAAUCUCAUUUCAUUUUUCUCAACCCGCGCCGUCCUGAGGCCUCGUGUCCUCUGGGGACCUGGUGGUCGUAUCGAUGCCUCGCUCGGGACCAUUCCUCCUCAGCGCUUUGAGCUUGUCGUCGUCGCGUCGGCUGCAGCUCGGCUUCCACAAUGCAGCCGUCAAACCCACUGCAGAACUUCAUUUACACAAAGUGUUUUUACGUUUUCCUGGCCCCCUUCAGUCUGAGCAGAGGCUUGAUGUUCAGUCACGACGUCUUCCCUGUGGCCAGCGAAGGGGACACGGAGACAGAAAAGACACGACGGGAGCAAUAAAAGAUGAACAGGAAGAGCGAUGAAAACGGAACGAGAACAGCAAAUCUGACUCCACCCUAAACUCCACCUUUUUGUUUCCAGACUUCUCAGUGUUUCCUCUGUGUUGUUUGUCUUAAGGCUGGAAGAACUGAUGAAACAGACUCUUAGAAAAAAGAGACACAAAGCAAAAAGACCGGCCGACGUGUCUGAGGAUGAUUGUCAGAUGCUCAGUGUCCUAAAUGUGGAUUUUUAAUCGUCAUCAUCGUCAUCUGCGUGUUAUUGAGCAACAUGCAAGUUCCUUCGGCGCUGACGCGCUGCUGCCUGUCUGUGUGUGUGGACACACACACUGUGGUGUACGUCCUGCAGUAGGACUUAGUUACAUGGUUUGUUGUUUAGUGUCUUUUUUUUUUUUUUUUUUUUUAAUCCAGCAUUUUGGGGGCCACAGUGACUCUAGUCCUACCAGGUGACAUUAAACUUAAAUAAUUAUUCAAAUGUUGGCUCAUGGUUUAUUUUACGGGUCUGCAAUUUCUACAUAAUUUUAGGACUGUUACUGGAGGGAAGUGUGUACUUUUGUGUUGAUUAUAGGGAAGAUAAUCCGUUUUUCACCGCUACGCUGAUUAUUAAUCAAUUGCAAUUACUUAGUGUUUUCUCCAGUGUGAAACUGAUCAUGCAAAAAAGUGGAACUUGUCCACAGGCUGCAUAUAGGUCGAAUAGUCUUUCACACAGGCUGUAAAAUAGAGCUGCAAACUACCAGUUAUUUUCAUGAUCGACUAAUCUCCGGUUACUUUUCUCCAUAGUUUAGGUGAUUUAUCAGGUAAAAAGCGGCUGCGGCCUCUGAGAUGUGAGGAUUUUUUUCACAGCACGUUCAAUCCAUUUUAGUUCACAAUUCAACAACAACCGACCUGCCACGUGACAACUCCCUGGGUUUUAGUAUGUAAUCAGAGGUUGACCUGAGUUUUGCUCAACAUAUAACUCAAACGAUUCAUUGAUUGCAGAUUUAUUUAAUGUUGAUCGACUAAUCGAUGAGUCGUUGCAGCUCUAAGGUCUAUUCCGAGGGGGCGCUGUCGCUGCUUAGAGCAGCUGUGGGUUAAAGAUGUUGUGAUGUGAAGGAAGAAGAGAGUUGAUCUGUCCGGACCCAGUUAGUUGAAGCCCUGGUCUGUAUCCCUGAGCUCUAACGAAUGUGAUGAUCGUGUUUCCUUCGCAUAAAACAUUUUCAGAGCCCGGUUUUCGGAAAAGUUUCAAGCCUCGCGUCUUUGACAUCCAUGUUUUCUUGCUAACAGUCUUCUUCUCGCCUCCUGUUGAUCAGUGGUGGUGGGAAACCUCUGGCAGAAAACACAGGGACCAAAUACAAAACACCGCUCCACGGUGCUAGCAGAGCUACCGGUGAUUAAAAACUCCACAGGACACCCUCAACUGUCGGCUUGGUUUCUGCUUUUUGUCUGUGACUGAUCUAAUGAUCGAUGCAACUGCCUCGAUCAUCUCAACUGCAGAAACAAUGGAGCCCGAUCCAUACAUUGGCAUGUCCGAUACUGUGUGACGUUUAUAACUUAUACAUGUAUUGAUGUCAGGGUGUAUAUCUGGAGACCAGUCACCGUCUGCAUGUGUUGGAGGUUGCUUAGAAACGGUGAUGAGGAUUUCUACACUGAAAAAUGUCUCAAGCGCUCGGUCACCAACAAAUUGACUGGAUCCUUAAUACAAGUGUUUUAAAAAAUAAAUAAAAUUUCAGCUGAUUUGUCUGACAGUGAUACUGAUUUUCAGUUUAAACAAUCUCAUAGGCCCUGUACCAGUCAGGCUCUACAGUGAACACAUGAGAGGAACAGACUGGGACUAACUAAUUGUGUAUUUGGUAAAAGUGGACUGAGGUGGCCUCUGCAUGAAUGACCUGUGACUGGACCAGCAGGGUUACUGGUGGACCUCUGAUUCGCCUGGUUUCCUGUUAUUCCAGAUCAAAAAGCAGCAGUUUGAGUUCAGCUGAAUGAAAAUGUCACAUCAUCUCUGCAGUGUUUGUCCUGACAGAUCAGAUCAGACUUGACUGAGGCAUCACCAGAAAAUAAAGACUCUCUGUUUUUGUA